AUGGCGAACGUGACCGUAUGCGUUAGGUUCCGGCCCCAGAACAAGAUCGAGCUUCACGAAGGCGGGCUGAUCUGCGUCGAGAAGAACUGCGACCAAUCGUUCUACUUGAAGGAUGAGAAGGACGAGAAGACGCUGUUCACGUUCGACCGGACCUUCUACCAGGACUCGACGCAGCAGGAAGUUUUCAGCUACGUCGCGCUGCCCGUCGUUCAGGAUUCGCUUUCGGCAAUCAACGGCACGGUGCUCGCUUAUGGUCAGACCGGAGCGGGCAAGACGCACACGAUGGAGGGACCCAACAUGCUGAUCGACGAUCCCGAGAGUUCCGGCAUUCUCCCGCGCGUGGCCAAGGAGAUCUUCGUGCGAAUCAAUGCGUCGGACACCCCCAGCGAGUACAAAGUCGCUCUCUCUGUGGUUGAGAUUUACAUGGAGCGGAUCAGGGACCUGUACGACGUGUCAAAGGACAACCUGGUGGUGAAGGAGGACCAGACUCGAGGGAUCUCCAUUGCUGGUGUGACUGAGAUAUAUGUUGAAGGCGAGAAGGAAAUGCUUCAGCUUCUUGAGGCGGCAAUCAAGAAUCGGGCUGUUGGGGCGACCAACAUGAAUCAGGGAAGUAGCCGCAGCCACUGCAUGUUUCUUCUGACAAUACAACGAACCUCUGCUGAUGGGAGCAGCUCGCAAGUUGGGAAGAUCUACCUUGUGGAUCUGGCUGGCUCGGAGAAAGUUGACAAGACAGGGGCAGAAGGACGGCUGCUGGAUGAGGCCAAGAUGAUCAACAAAUCUCUCUCUGCUUUGGGGAAUGUCAUUAACGCCCUCACAUCCGAUAAGGCUUCACACAUCCCUUACCGUGACUCCAAGCUCACUAGGAUACUGCAAGAAUCACUGGGUGGAAAUUCGCGUACAACUCUACUGUGCUGCUGCUCCCCUUCCACUUACAACUAUACAGAAUCCGUAUCCACUGUUCGCUUCGGCUUAAGAGCGAAGCAAAUCAAGAACAAGCCUGUCGCCAAUAGAGAGGUGGGGCGUGGGGAGCUCCAGCGUCGCUUGCAGGAAUCGGAGCUGGAGUGCGAGUUGCUAAGGCAGCACAUUCAGACCUUGACCCUGGCCAUUCAAAGGCUUCCCGGUGGAGAUGAGGUAACGAGGGACAUCGGAGAUCCAAUCAGUGGAAAGACUUCAGGAUCCAAUAACAGCCUGAAGGAAAGCCAAAUGCUUGCUGCGUGCAUUGAGGGGUUGCAUGGAGUUCUUGCCAGUGAGGGCAUGGCCUGGUCGUCUGAGCUACCCACCAUUGAAGACACAAGUGACAUUCCAAAGCUGCUGCCUGCUGCGGUUGAGAAGCACCUCUCCAGUCAGUCCAGCGAGGGAAACGAUGAGAAGGAUUUAAAGUACCUCGAAGAGGCCUUGGAUGAUAUGGCUGCCCGUCUCAACAAGCUUGAAAGCAAGAUAGGAAGAUAG